AUGAUUAUCUCAAAGGAGAACCGCAAGCUUAUUUACAGCUCCUUGUUCAAGGAGGGCGUCAUGGUUGCCCCCAAGAACUUCGAGAUCAAGCACCCAGAGCUCGAUAUUCCCAACCUUGAGGUCGUCAAGGCUUGCCAGUCGCUGACUUCCAAGGGCUUCGUCAAAACUCAGUUCAGCUGGCAGUGGUACUUUUACACGCUUACUGAGGAGGGCCUUAACUACCUCCGGGAGUACCUUCACCUUCCCGCCGAAAUUGUCCCGGCUACCCACAAACGCCCUGCUCGCCCUCAACGCGAAGCUCCGAGCUCCGGCGCUUACGUUCCCCCGCGCCGCGAUUUUGGCGGGGAGGACCGUGGCGAGUACCGCCGCCGUGACGCUGGCGACAAGAAGGACAGUGCGCCCUCGGGCGAGUUCCGUCCCCGCUACGCCGGUGGCGUCGGCCGUGGUGGUCCACGCGAGUAA